AUGUAUGGAGCGAAGGUGAAGCCCAAUGUCAUCUUCAGCUACAACGCUGGGAUCAGUGCGUGCGAGAAGGGCGAGCAGUGGCAGCCGUCGCUGGCGCUACUGAGCUUGAUGCGGGAGGCGAAGCUGGAGCCCACCUUCAUCAGCUACAACGCUGCGAUCAGCGCGUGCGGGAAGGGCGAGCAGUGGCAGCGUGCGAUGGCGCUGCUCAGCGAGAUGUAUCAAGUGAAGGUGAAGCCCGACGUCAUCAGCUACAACGCUGCGAUCAGCGCGUGCGGGAAGGGCGAGCAGUGGCAGCGUGCGAUGGCGCUGCUCAACGAGAUGUAUCAAGUGAAGGUGAAGCCCGACGUCAUCAGCUACAACGCUGGGAUCAGUGCGGUCGAGGAGACCGAGCAGUGGCAGCGGUCGCUGGCGCUGCUGAACGAGAUGCGGGAGGCGAAGCUGGAGCCCACCUUCGUCAGCUACGGCGCUGCGAUCAGCGCGUGCGGGAAGGACGAGCAGUGGCAACGGGCGCUGGGACUGCUGAGCGCGAUGCGGGAGGCGAAGCUGGAGCCCACCGUGACCUUCUACAACACUGGGCUCAGUGCGUGCGAGAAGGGCGAGCAGUGGCAGCGGUCGUUGACGCUGCUGAGCGAGAUGCGCGAGGCGAAGCUGGAGCCCGACGUCAUCUCUACAACGCGGCGAUCAGCGCGUGCAGGAAGGGCGAGCAGUGGCAGUGCGCUCUGGCUGUGCUCAGUGAGAUGCGGGAGGCCAAGCAGGAGCCCGACGUCAUUCAGCUACAGCUCUGGGAUCAGCGCGUGCGAGAAGGGCGAGCUGUGGCAGCGGGCUCUGGCGCUGCUCAGCGAGAUGUGGGAGGCGAAGCUGGUGCCCAACGUCUCAGCUACAGCUCUGGGAUCAGCGCGUGCGAGAAGGGCGAGCAGUGGCAGUUGGCGUUGGCGCUGCUCGGCGAGAUGUGGGAGGCGAAGCUGGAGCCCGACUCAGCUAUAG